GCCCUGAUGGGACUUACCUUUAUUGGAUCUCUAAUAAUUUUCUGCAUUAUUGAACUGAGAAAGGCUGGAGCAGCUUCCAAAUAGAAGUGGAAAAAGUGCAGUGGAAUUAGUUCCAGUUGUAAACAUUGUUUUACUCAUUGUAAAAUGACUCGUGAGUGGGUGGUUGUAGGGAUUUCGGGUGCAACGUGCAGUGGCAAGUCAACUUUAGCAGGGAACUUGCAUGAAAUGUUGCCUCAGUCAGUACUUAUCCGCCAGGAUGAUUAUUUUCUCCCUGUUGAUUCACCAGCUCACAUCAAAGUGGAAGCCCUUGGUCAUUUGAAUUGGGAAAUCAUGACAGCCUUGGAUAUGGAUAGCAUGAGAUCCGAUGUGCACAACAUCCUAUCUCAAGAUCCAUCCUUAGCAAAGUUACCAGCCAAGGCACAACGAUCCACAAAUGAUGGUGCUGGAAGCAUUGAAGCAUUCCCCAACCUUCUCAUAUUAGAAGGAUUUCUGUUGCUCAAUGAUCCUGCUCUGUCAAGCUUGUGUGAUCUUCGGUACUAUCUUACUUUAACACGAGAGCAGUGUUGGGAACGGCGACAAAAGAGGACAUACGAUCCUCCUGACAUUCCUGGCUACUUUGAUCUUACUGUCUGGCCCGAGUAUGAGAAGCAUAGGAAUCAAGUCCUAGGUCAGUCUAACAUAAAAUUUGUGGAUGGAAUGAUCCAGCCGGACAUUACAAGAGCUUCUGUUGUAAAUGAUAUUCUAAAGUUGCUUCAAAGAUAAAUUUCAUUAUCAAAAUUAAUGUGUGGUAAAGUUACUUCAGUGUAUUAUUUUGUGAACAAAACUUCAUUUUCUUUUGAUCUUAUCCCAUUGUGUCAGCAAUAGUGCCUUAUUAUGAGUAACAAAACAUAAGCAUUUGCUCACUUGCCUUUUUCUGUGAUAAAUGUAAACAGAUUACUCUUUUAAAAGUUUGACUAGGUUCUUGAGAGUGAUUGCAAUAUGAAUUAAGGUCUGCACAAAUGCUAUUUGACUGUUUGUUGAUUAUUUUACAUAAUAAAAGUUUUAUUCCAUUAUAAA